GGAGGUGCUGUUUUGGCGGUUUUGGCGCCAACUACCCGCCAUCGCAUUCAAGCAUCUGCUUUUGGUGCCUACGCUGCUGAGAUUGUUUCGAUUGUGAAUUAAGUUUUGCCAGUUUUUUGUUGAAUUUUCGUUGGAUUUUAGUUGAAAUUGCAAUUGUUUGGAAGUGCGUGGAUUACGUUCCAUCGGGAUUAUUAAGUUUUCAUCAAAAUGCAACGAGAUUACAGUGCAGAUAAAGAAACGAUCAACUCCUUCCUGACGGAAUUCUACAAGGAGGACGAAGAUGGCAAAAAGAUCUUCGUUUACGCACGCCAAUUGACCAACAUCGCCCACCGCGAGCAAGUUGCGUUGACGAUAGAUUUGGAUGAUGUGACCAGCUAUAAUGAUCUGUUGGCGGAGGCCAUCCAAGCCAACUGUCGCCGCUAUGUGAAGAUGUUCUCGGAUGCGGUGUUUGAGUUGCUACCGUCGUAUAAGGAACGGGAAGUGAUCAACAAGGAUCCACUGGAUAUCUACAUCGAGCAUCGUCUGUUGAUGCAGAGCCGGAUGAGGAACCCGAAUGAGCACCAUGAUGCCCGCAAUACCAUUCCGGCGGAGCUGAUCAAGCGGUUCGAGGUGUAUUUCAAGGCACCCAGCUCAUCGAAGGCCAUUUCCAUCCGUGAGGCGAAAGCGGAAAGCAUCGGUAAGCUGGUUACGGUUCGUGGUAUCGUAACCCGUUGUACCGAGGUAAAACCGAUGAUGACGGUGGCCACGUACACUUGUGACCGUUGUGGCGCUGAGACAUAUCAGCCGGUGUCAGCGAUGAGUUUCAUGCCGGCGGUCGAUUGCUCGUCGGAGGACUGCCGUGUCAACAAAGCAGGUGGAAGAUUGUAUCUUCAAACCCGUGGAUCCAAGUUUAUGAAGUUCCAGGAGCUGAAGAUUCAAGAGCACAGCGACCAAGUUCCGGUCGGCCACAUCCCACGCUCUUUGACGGUGAUGUGCCGCGGGGAAAUUACACGUUUGGCCCAGCCGGGAGAUCAUGUUGUGAUCAGUGGAAUUUUCUUACCUCAGCAAAGAUCUGGAUUCCGAGCGAUGGUUUCCGGAUUGUUGAGUGAGACUUUCCUAGAUGCGCAUCGUCUUGUUUGUUUGAACAAAUCGGACGAUGGGGAGGUUAGCAAUGAAAUCAGCGAAGAGGAAAUGGCAGAGCUAGCGAAGGAUGAUUUCUACACAAGAAUGGCCAGCAGUUUGGCGCCGGAAAUCUACGGUCACCUGGAUGUAAAGAAAGCACUGCUUUUGUUGCUUGUUGGUGGCGUUGAUCGUAGCCCUGACGGAAUGAAGAUCCGUGGCAAUAUUAAUAUCUGUUUGAUGGGAGAUCCUGGAGUGGCCAAGUCUCAGCUAUUGGGCUACAUCGCUCGUCUUGCUGUUCGGAGCCAAUAUACUACGGGACGCGGUUCUUCCGGGGUUGGUCUGACUGCUGCUGUAAUGAAGGAUCCACUGACCGGUGAAAUGAUCCUCGAGGGAGGAGCGCUGGUGCUGGCCGAUCAGGGAAUUUGCUGCAUUGACGAGUUCGAUAAAAUGGCCGAAAACGAUCGAGUGGCCAUUCACGAAGUUAUGGAACAGCAAACCAUUUCGAUUGCCAAGGCCGGCAUAAUGACCUGCUUGAACGCUCGUGUGUCUAUCCUAGCAGCGGCUAAUCCUGCCUACGGACGAUACAAUCCAACUCGUUCGAUCGAACAGAACAUUCAACUUCCUGCUGCUCUUCUUUCCCGUUUCGAUCUCCUGUGGUUGAUCCAGGAUAAGCCCGACCGUGACAACGAUCUCCGUCUGGCCAAGCAUAUUACCUUCGUGCACAGCCAUGGAAAGCAACCACCGUCUCGUAUUAAAACGCUGGACAUGUCUUUGAUUCGUCGUUACAUUGCUCUGUGUAAGCGCAAGAAUCCCGUUAUCAAGCCAGAAUUGUCCGAAUAUAUCGUCAACGCUUACGUGGAACUGCGCCGAGAAGCACGCAACAGCAAGGAAGGAGGCAAUAAGGACCAGACCUUCACUUCUGCUAGGAACUUGCUGGGUAUCCUGCGUUUGUCGACUGCCCUGGCCCGGCUCCGUUUGGCUGACGAAGUGGACAAGGAUGAUGUUCAGGAAGCGCUCCGAUUGCUGGAAAUGUCCAAGGACUCCGUGAACAUGAAGGAAUUGAGGCCCACACACGUUCCAAAUACCGCGGAUAAGAUCUUCGACCUGGUACGAGAGCUGGCCGGUCAGAGCAAAACGGUCAAAAUUUCCGAUGUGAUGGACCGCUGCACGACCAAGGGCUACAAACCGGACCAGGUGGACAGCUGCAUCGAAAAGUACGAGGAGCUCAACGUGUGGCAGGUCAAUCAGACGAGAACGAAAAUCACCUUUAUUUAAAUGCACUUUAUUUUCCUUCUGUUAGGUUUAAGUUUUUCUCCAUCGAUAUCAGUUUUUAAUCCACAUUUUUUACAUAGCUGGUAAGGUUUUAUGUGUAAAACAAGUUUGUGACGGUUUAUCUGUUGUUAAAUCAAUUUAACCGUAACUAAGCCGAUAGUACAAUGUAACGAGCGUAAAUUGAUCAUUUCUGCGCACAUCUUUCUGUUUAAUAAAGUAUACAGUGACUUGA